AUGGCGGGGCACAAGAACCAAUACGUUUCCCCGGAGGAGGAAAGCCUGCUAGGUGACAGGUCCGAGCCGAUACCUCACAAGUCUUCCUCUCCUACGUGGAGAAGGCUACGCAUCAUCGGCCUUGUCGCAGCUCCUCUUAGCGUACUGGCCCUGGCACUGUUUUAUCUGACGAACGGGUACGAACCCUCAUCUAAGAAUGUGGUACACAAAAACCCUGACCAGCCUUUGGUUGUGUCGUACAGGUCCAGAAAGGAAGCCGUGCACCCUCGCCACGCCUGCAACAGCGUAGAUGACGGAUACGAGUGUUUCUCCGACCUCUCCCAUCGCUGGGGCCAAUACUCGCCCUACUUCUCCCUCGCAGCGGAAGGUAUCUCCGGUGACGUUCCACAGCAAUGCGAUGUCACCUUCGUGCAGGUGCUUUCUCGCCACGGUGCUCGGUACCCAACCGCAUCUAUGAGCAAAAGUUAUGCAGCGCUUAUAGAAGCCAUCCAGGCCAACGCCACCGCAUACAAGGAUAACACCGCAUUCCUUAGUUCGUACAACUACACUCUGGGAAGCGAUGACCUCACCACCUUCGGUCAGUCCGAGAUGACAAACUCGGGCAUCAAAUUCUACGAGCGUUACGAAGCUCUCGCGCGCGACAACAUCCCCUUCAUGCGCUCCUCGGGCUCCUCACGCGUGAUAGAAUCCGGCGAAUAUUUCAUCAAAGGAUUCCAGCAAACAAAGCUACAAGACAAAAAAGCUCUGCAAUCACAAUCCUCGCCAACCAUCAACGUUGUCAUCUCCGAGGACACAGGCUCCAACAAUACCCUCAACCACAAUACCUGUCCAGCCUUUGAAGCCAGCACAAUCGGUGACGAUGCCACAAACAAUUACACCGCGAUCUUCGCCCCGUCCAUCCGAGCACGCCUCCAAUCCCACCUCCCAGGCGUGUCUCUCACCCUCGACCAAGUAACCGACCUAAUGGACAUGUGCUCCUACGACACCCUCUCCAACACAGACGACGGAAGCACAGUCUCCCCCUUCUGCGCCCUCUUCACAGACUCCGAAUGGACUGAAUACAACUACCUCCAAUCCCUCUCAAAAUACUACGGCUACGGCGCCGGAAAUCCCCUCGGCCCAACUCAAGGCGUAGGCUUCGUCAACGAGCUCAUCGCCCGCAUAACCCGCACCCCGGUACAGGACCACACUUCUACAAACCACACACUGGACAACGGAUCGAACGCCGCCACUACUUUCCCCCUGAACCGUACCCUGUAUGCGGACUUCACGCACGAUAAUGGAAUGAUUCCCAUUUUCUUUGCGCUGGGCUUGUAUAAUGCUACGGCGCCAUUACCAACUACUCAUGUGCAGUCUGAUAGUGCGGCGGAUGGGUUCUCUGCUGCGUGGACUGUGCCGUUUGCGGCGCGGGCAUAUGUCGAGGUUAUGGAGUGCGGUACGGAGAAAGAGGAGUUUGUACGGGUUUUGGUUAAUGAUCGGGUUGUUCCGUUGCAGGGGUGUGGAGUUGACAAGUUGGGGCGUUGCAAGAAGGAGGAGUUUAUUGAUGCGUUGAGUUUUGCGAAGGAGGGUGGUGAUUGGGCGAGCUGUUAUUAG